AAAAAAGUGUGCGAUAUUAAUCUUUUAUAGUUGCAAUCGCUUAGAAAAAUUAAGACAUUUUUUAUUUUGAUGAAUCACGAAAUAAACAAUUUCAGCUGUGGCGUAUUGAUUUGGCAAAGAAGACUUGUAAAUAUCCUUACAUGGAGGAUGUGUGCAAAUAUUUCAGAAUAUUUCAUUUAAGUCAGUCUAUUGUCGUCUAAACACUGUCAGAUUAUAGAAUGGAAUGUAUACCUGAUAAUUUCAGAAUUGUGAUAAUCUUUUUCAUUUGAAAAAAGGGAACCUUUAUUCUCGUUGAGUGUGGACAGAACGAUCAACAUGUAGCCAAGCAGGGUUAUCGUUUACCGAUUCCGAUUUGAGUUAACAGCUUAUUAGGCCUAAUCGGAUUUCUGUGUUUGCGUAUUCAUUUCUUAUGUUUGGAAAUGGAGCAUCAAAAUUAGUGGUUCAUCUUAAAGUUUUCUAUUAAUUCUGUGGAUUACUUAAAGAAAACAAUGUCUUCCACCAACAGUAACAGUAGUAACAGUAACAGUAAACCUGAUGAACGUAGAAGAGAGGAGGCCCGUCUUGCUCGGGUCAAUCAAGCAAAACCUUUGGCGGAGCCAGAUAACCAGCAAGCUGUUCAUGGCGAUAAUUCUUUUAGCAGGGAAUAUAUUCGAAGCAGUGAUUCUGAUCCACUGUCUAGGAAGAUACAAGAAAUCUUGGGUCCUUUUGCCAGAUGUUUAACUUCAGUACUAGACACUGGUCAACCACCACCUCCACCACCACCACCACCUCCACCACCACCACCACCAAGUCAAACUCAGCAAAACAAUAAUGUUGGCAGUUCUAAAGCGAGUACCAAACAACUAAAUACUGCAUCAACAUCAGAGAGCAAAAAGCCGCAUCCUAAACAGCAACCUAGCACAUUACCAACCACUCAAUCAAAGCCUUCAAAGCAGCCAGUUUCUAAUCAAGCAUCAGCAUCAAAUGAAUCAGUUUUGACAUCCUCUUCUAGUCCUCUAGCACAGACAGUUUCAUCGCCACAAUCAUCUAAAGACAUUCCUAUUGGAGACGGCAACAAAGAUGGCAGUCAGCCAGUGAAAGAGCACACACCGCCCCAACUUCCAAUGUCAUCAAAAUUGAAACCAGCGUCUUCAUCUGUUUCUACCAGAUCUCCUGCAAAAGAGGCUAGUGCUUCUCACACAGUGCACACUAGUUCCUCAAAAUCUAAAUCAGUUGUCUCAUCUUUGGACACUACAAGUAGUUCACUUGUCCCAGAAGUAGCUGUCCAAUCAGGUCCUCUUCCUCCUUUGUCAGGCAGUAAAGAUCACCAAAACAUUCAAACAUCCCAUGCACCCAAGCAGUCCUUACCUGCAACAUCUUCGGCACCUUCCACAUCUAUAUCUCCAGUGCUGUCUGCCUCCUCUCGUACAUCACCCACAACCUUUGUUAAAUCAAGCUCAAGUCCUCACCAGAGACCCAAAUCUACAACCCCACCCAAAGGAAGUAUUAUUGGUCUAAAUGGUUUAAGCACAUCAAAUUCCAAGUUAAAUUCUUCCUUGCCUGUUACCAAAUCUAGUGUACAGUCUACAGAAAAAAACAAGCUAAAAUUACAAAUACCUACUGAGAAUAAUGCACUAUCAUCAAAAAGUGACCUUAAUGACAUAUUUAAGGAAAUGACAGAAGUCCAACCACUUCAUUCAGCCAUUGAGACCCCCCAGAAAUCAGAUAAAAUGUCUUUCAGUGUCUCUCAGGCUAUUAUGCAAGAACGACUACAGAGCAAGGAUAUUUUGAAACCAACAAUCACACAGGAUCCACUGGAUAAAAAAACAGACAAACCAAAAGGGCACCUGACAGUCAAGGAUGAGCCCACCCCCGCAGCACAAGAAGACCUGGUGGCCUUCAAGGCUGAGAGCGCCCAGGCUUCGGCCGAGGCCAAGCAGGAGCGAUCUCCUGCGGUACAGACAACGUCUAAAGAUGAGGAGAUAGUGAAACCGGAGCCCUGCCUGACACUGGAGGUGACAGAAAAAGAUGCUCCCGUAGAUAGCAGUAAAUGUAUUGUUGGCAGGAAGUCUGGGAAGAGUGUUGGCAAAACUAUUGGAGACUCGGAUGACUCCAUAUUGGCUCGUGAUCUCGAUCUUAGUGAGGACAGUGAUGCCGAGUCAGCGUCUGAAGACAACACCAGCGCUAGCCAGUCCAAGAAAGGCAAAGUGAUCAGCACACCUUCUGGGGCACCUGUCAAAAGGGUCCAAUCUGAUGAGUCUUCCAGUAGCAGCAGCAGCAGUAGUUCAGACUCAGACUCUGAUGAGGAUGAUAAUGAAGAGAAAGAUGAACACAUUGACAAGCCGUUGGAGUUUAGAAAAUCUGAUAGAAGGUCAUCGUCUAGCAGCUCCAACUCUAGUUCUGACAGCAGCUCUGAGUCUGAGAGUGAAGCAGAUGAGGAUGAAGAUGAGGCUAAAGCUGAAGCCAGUGAAGAGGUGAAGAUGGCCCCUGAGAAGACACCAUCUCCUGUCUACAAAACUUCUUCUAUUGGCACACCCAACAGUGUUGAUAACCAAGACACCAGUAUAAGUUGGAGCUUAGGAAAUUUCAUUCAGUCAGGAAAGAAAAAUUCUACAUCUCCAGUGGCUGCAAGUCCUUCCAAACCAUUCUCACCACCUCCUAUUCAUGCCUCACUAGCACCAGUUCAUCCAAAAGAGCAUUCAGAUCUGACGCACCCUAGAACAUUAAAGGCAAUAGGGCCUUGUAAAAGCAUGCCAUUUGAUGUGCAAUUCUCUUCCAAACAUUCUGGGGAUGAAGCUUAUGAUCAUCAGUCAGAUGACGAGACUGGUGAGGUUUUUAAGUCUAAACCUUCUCACCAGCCAUCAGUUAGGAAACAUUCUAGCUCUUCAGUCAAGGAUUUGAAAGCUAGAACAGAUCAGGUAGAGGACAACAGGAAUCAUUGGGCUAAAAACAGCAGAACAAUGGAAUCUCCACCCAAUAAAAAACCAGGUGUCACGUCUGUGCUCAGAUCAAAUGAUCCUGUAAAAAAGAGUGAAGCAUCCUCCAUCAGUUCCUUAGAAAGAAACACCAGCAGCAAGAAGCAUCCUUCAAGAGCAGGCUCCAGCUCUGAUGAUGAGAUUGAUGUUGUUGGAUAUACUCCUGAAAAGCCCAAGCACCAAUCUAAUAAUGUGCAGCAAAAAGGUAAAUCAGAAAUGCCUUUAAAUUUCCCUGGGGGAGCACUGUCAACAAGCAGUGAUGAGGACAAUCACAAGCUGUUGGCAACUGACAAGAAUGCACCAAAUCAUAUACCAAAACACACCAAGAGGAAAGUCAGUGCUAAGGGUGAUAGCUCUAAUCUUAAAGACAUUUCAAAAGACACACCGAAUCCUGGAGGGUCAAAAGACUCAAUUUUACCCUCGGAUUUGGAAUCAAUGAUUCAUCCUCCCAAUCUUUUAUCACCCAUCCACACUGCACACUCUCCAUCACCAGCACCUUCUACAAAACCACUUCCCUCUUUCCGGAACUCUUUCUCUCCACCGCCACCAAAAGCCAGAUCACCUAUUGUCACAGUAUCUCAAAGUGGAGAUGGAAGUCCUGCUCCAAGGUUAGUGGUCCGGGUACAAAAAGCCUUGGUCAAUGACAAGCAGCUGAAAAGGCUGAAAGAGAAACAAGAGAAAAUUAGAAAUGGUGGGAAGAUUUCCAAAGAGAUCAAGUCUGUGGAACCUUCAGCAAAGUCUGAAGUUGCCUCUGAUUCCCAAAAGGAAGCCAGAGUGCCUCCUUUUUCCGACAAUAAGUCUUUUAUAAGUGUACAUAGCACCAGCAGCAUUAAAGACAAGAAUCCAUCUUCGUUAACUCAGAGUGACAAAGUAGCCAAUGGAACUGUAUCUAAAACAAAACGUAAAGCUGCUGUCUCUGAGACUGAUGACAUUGGUGAUGGAACUGCUGAUCAUAAUCAUAAAAUUAAAAAACCUCACAGAAAGACUAUAAAUCCAUUGUUGGAGCCAACGUCUACAUCUUCCACAUCAUCUGUUGGAUCUGACAUCUCCACCACCAAUGUUGCAGACUCCAAAUUCAACAAAUCAUUCAAUACCAGUGUUGACUCUUUACCCAAUAAACCUAGUGCUGUAAAAAAUCUUGACUUUGCUCAAAAAGAUGAAACGGAUUCUCCAUUGGACGAAUCCAAGUCUGAACCACUCAAAAGUUCUAAAAGAAAAAUAGAAAAUGGGGAUGAAUCUCUAUCAAAGAAGGUCAGACCCGAACUAGUGAGUGAGACUGCCCCUUCAACAGAGAAAAACACAUCAAACACACCUAGUCAGCCAACAUCUGUCAGAUCCAGGAGAGACAGCAAUGCUAGCAGUUCCAGUAGAGGAAGUCAGCAAUCCCUUAAAAAGCCUAGCAGGCGUUCUUCCACCAGCAGCAAUAAAAAUAGCAAUAACAAUAACAACAUUGAUAAAAAGUCCAAUGCACAUAUCACUAAUGGACCUGACCUUCCUUUCCACCACUAUGUGAAUGGCAAUAGUCGAGGACUGCCCUCCAACUUACCUGUACCCGAAGACAUUCAGCUACAAAAAACUGAGCAUUAUCUUGCAAGGGCCAAGGAGCACAAACAUAUGGCAGAUAAUAAGAAGGAUAAAUUGGCAAGAUUUGAGCCCUACUUAAGGUCAGGGCUGAACUUUUUCCUAGCUGGUUACACCAUUGAGCAGGGUAAAAAAGACCUGAAUGCCAGCUACAGCUUGUAUAAUGAUACAUCUAAUUUAUUGCAAUAUGUUAUUAGAAUGAGAGCCAACAGCAGUUCUAACCCUGACUCCAGUGACAGAGAAAGAAAACUUAUAGUAUUAAUAAUCCGGCUGAGAGCGUUUUUAAACCACAGAUUGUAUACUUUACGAAAACCAGAAGUGAGCAAAUUGAAGAAAGUGAUUGAUUCCGAACAAAGCAAGUUACAACAUUCUUCCAACCCUGCUGCCUCGGCUGCUGCAUCGUCCACCUCCACCACAUCAUCCUCCAACACAAACUCCAGCAACAAGGCUCAUGCGCCAUCUCCUCACCAGAGCAGCUGGAACAAGAACAGCACUGGCACCCCUUCCCCUAUGUCCCCCACACCAUCCCCAGCCACCAGUGUCAGUUCUCAGGGAAGCUGUGAACUAGUACAAGGAAAGAUAGCCAAUGGCACAUCCCAGAUCUCCCCUUCUCCUGGCAUGGUCAGUGUUCAGCAAAGAGUCCACACAGUCACCCAAAAAUAUUUUACUCUAACUAGUCACAUUGUCAAGGCACUAGAGCUGUGGGACCAAGCGGAUGCAGAGACCAAAGGCCUUGAAGAUUUCUUUGCUACUGUGGAUGCUGCCUGUGGAGUACUCACAUUUCACUCUGACCCUCCAACCAUCGUACGUUACAUUAAACAUGCUCUACGAUUGCUCUACUUAUGACAAACAAAGCGUCCUCCCGGGUCAUUUGUUCCAGAUUUGUAACUACUUUGAGGUGGAGCGACAGUGGCAUGAAACCAGAUCUCUUCAUCAGAUAUAUCUUCAGUGUGGCCUAGAAGUAGCCGAUAUGAUUGGUGGCAAUGCAAAAGUCCCUACUCAUUCUUGUUUGUUUUUUUUAUAAAAAAAAAGACUUCCCAUUAAUGCCUGAACUCAACUGGGAUAAAUGCUCAUGUGACAGAAAAGAUAUAAAUGAUUUGGCAUAGCAGUUUUAAGAAAGAUGGAUUUGUGCAUUACAGACUUCCACCAUUUUAUUUGUAUUCAUUGAUAUCAUUUUGUUCUGAUGCCUCCAAGUGUGCUAGACAAGAUAGACUCUGGAUUAUGUGCAGUGGCUGAAGUUUGAGAGACUCAAGACAUUGCUGCUCACCUGCAGCAUCAGUGUGUGUGUGUGUCUGUGUUUACAGGUCAAUGUUUUCUCUUUACUUACUGACCUAGUUUGUCAGAUUGACAAUCUGUGACACCCUUAGCAAAACAAGCAACAACAUAAACCUCUGUGUGUCUGAUGGAAAGUAGAAACUUAUCAACCAAAUAAAGAUAUUCGUUAUAUGAGUCUAAAGCUUGGACUAGUUGCAAGAUCUCAGUUCAACUUGCUCACACCUUACACAGUUUGCACAGGAAGGGGAGGAAAGAAACAAGGAAUGGACAAACCUAAACAAAGUUGAAUUGUCUGGAUGUGAACUACCUCCCUUUUGUUAUUCUGAGAUUUCAAGAAAGUUAUCAAAAAAGACAGUCUGUUGCUUACAAUAUUGUAGCCAGAUACUUGUCUACUAAGUACCAAUGCAGGGUAGAUGUGGCUGAUGCCAGAUAAGACUAUAAUGUUAGUUCAAACCAUAACUAUUUUUUGUGUUGCAUCAUCCAAAAACCAAAAAGAUUUUUUUGUUUUGUUUUACCUCAUGAGAUAUUUUUUUUUGUCUGUUGUCAUGAGUAAACUUAAUGUACAAACUGUCAGCAUAGUUUCAGCACUUAUUUUUAGUGCUAGCAUACUGAACUUCAGAAAGUUACUCUAUUAGACAUUUAUUUAUUUAAAUUGUUCUUUUUCACCCUUACAUUAUAGGUUUAAUAUAUGUCUCAUACCUAAAACAAGGGUAGACUACUUUUAAUAGAAUCCUGAGUAAAGGGGGGAAAAAAGUAACUUAUUUUCUUUGCCAGUACAAAGUGUGCUAGUUUCUCUAGAAUUAUGAACAAACUUGUUCUGAACAUGGAGAUAGAAGUUGCUUUUCUAAUCUGGUAUAUACUGUAUUGUUGUACAUAAAAUGUAUAUAACUGAUGUCAUGUUAAACUUUGAAGGCAAUUAGCUUUUUGAUUUUGGCUGUUACAUUUUACUGUUGGGAUUUUCCCACACACUAAUUUUUUGUCAACCUAAUUAGGCUGGCCUGAAGGUUCACGUCAGUAACAGAUACAACUAUCAUUCAGUUAGAAAGAUGCAUAUCAGCCGUGGAAUAAUGUUUACCAUUUAGUCAAUGCUAGACAUAACAUUGUGUUAACAGAAAAACUGGCGUACAUGUCAAUCAUGAAGUUGUGCUCAAAAUGACCUCUUCCCCCCACCCCACCCCUUUUUGUUUUUCAAACAUUGUCUCUUUUUGAGUUGAUCACAUAAUGAUAAAUUCUUGUAGCUGAUGUUGACCUAGUGUGUAUGUGCUGUCUUUGGAUUGAGUUGUUGAGACAGCUUCCUUAAAACAGAGAGUGUAUGAUGCUCACUAGAAGGCCAGAUAUCUAUCAGUAAUUUUUAGCACUGUCCAUUCUUUGACUAGUUACUUCAUAGCUUGAACUCACAUUGAAACUCUACACAAAAAAUAAGUUCGAACAUGACACUGUGUUGUAGCAGUUUAAAUGUUCAGUAUUGUCCGGAAUGUUUCACACAUCUAUUGUUCAGUUUUUGGUAUAGGAUGUUUAGUUCUUGUCUGCUCUAUUUUACUUAAAAGUAUUCAGACAAAACUAAAUUACUGUGGAGGCCAUUUCUAAAAUUAUUUUUCUUUUUGUUUUUAAACUAGAUUAGUUGAAGGUUUAAUGUGAAUGUCUUUCUGCAGUGGCAAUAUAUUGCAGUAGGUUUUCUCAGGAAAACACAAAUGUUGAUGUGCAGCCAUCUGCCUUUUUUUUCCACUUCUUUAUUUAAUUAUCUCCCCUGAGGUGUUCAUAGGGCAAUAGGAAGCAUUAGUUGAUUGUAUUAGCUUUUCCUAGAUGGCCUACUACAGCAUUGAACUCUGACUCCAUGCACAAGUCUGUUUCAAUGUAAUUGUGAUAUCUGACUGCAUAUUCUAUGGACUCUAUAAAUACUAUAAAUAUAUACAUACUAUAAAUAUAUAUAAAUAUCUCAAUCACAAAAUGAAGACAGUAUCAGUGAGCAUGAGAGCUGUUCAAGCCAUUUCCAAUGUGAUGAAAGAUGUUUUGACUUCAGCCAGUGAUGUCCUACUUGUGGACACACUGUGAAGAAUGUUGGUGAUAUUUAUAAACAAAAAACUUAGUAUAUAUUGAUAUAUUUCUCUGUACAUGACAUGUGUACAAAUGUUAUUGAUGAGUUCUUGCUGAAACUUGAAAACCAAAUCUGCCAAUGUAUGUGUGCUAAGUCUCUUGGGGUAGGUCAAGGUUAUUUAUUGGUUGUAUCUCCUUCAGUCUUGUAAAUAUUGUUCUCAAGUAUUAAUAGCAUUUGUUCUGCGCCAUACACUGAGCUGUCCAAAACAUUUACAAAUGUAUAUAUAUAGAUCUCUUGUACAUGAGUGCCAGGCUUGCAUACCUACAAAGCGCCUUGAUACACAAAGGAAAGGGUAGAGGGAACUAAGUAUCUGCUAGACCAUCUUUUACAACUGGACAAUAGUGUUGAUGCUUUGAUGAGUCUCCCAUCUGAAAUGAAUAUUUGUAUCACUUAAAGAUCUCUGCAUGGUCCCCCAUCUAGCUGGCAUACAUAGGGCAACAAUGAGUUAAACCACAGAAUAAAACCAAGAAUAGUAUGACACCAUUUAGCGAAGCCAGUGAAAAUAUUGUUUUAAAACAAUUUGUAGUUAUUUAUUUCAAAAGGAGAAAAUUAAUAAAUAAUCUGCAAAAAUGAAAUGUGUCUAUGUAUUAAAUGGAUAAAAUAUUCUGAAUUGAAAGCUGUUAUAAUUGUAUUAACUUGUAUGUAGGGUUUUGUUGAGCAUGGCAUUGUCAUAGAGACAAAGUUGUGCAACACUUGAUAGGCAACCUUUAUCCAGUUUUUAAAAUGUGGUGUGUUUUUAUUUGUAGAUGACAUUCAGAUAGGUUUAUCUUCAUUGUCAAAUUGAGUCUAGAGAGGCUAUUAACAAUGGUCAUUAUGUUAGUUGAGCUUGAGAACUAGAGACUCAAGUACUCUGUUGUCCAGAUAGGUUUCAUCGUCAUUGUCAGUUUGAAUCUAGAGAUUUUAUUAAUAAUGGUCAUUACAUUAGUUGGAGAAGAACUAGAGACUCAAUGUAUUCUGUUUGUGGUUUAACCAACAUGACUUCGUACAUUUUUGUUGGUCAGUGUUGAACAUGUCAGUGGUGAUACAGUAUUCCAUGUGGUCAUGACCUUCCUGCAACACAAAAGCACAAGACCUAAGAUGGUGUUGCUUGACCCUCCUAAUAUUUGUGAUAGUAUCAGCUCAGCAGAAUUGAGAUUUGUGUCUUUUCUUGUUCCAUGUCCUUUUUGUUUUACUUUUUUUUUUAAACCCGUGAUGAAAGACAAAAUGAUUUCUUAACCUGACAGGGCCUUGACUCAUUUGACAAGACUGGUGUGUAUAUAUACUGUAUGGAUGGCUCUGUGAAUGGAACCCAUUUGCUGACAGGGUUUUGUAUGUUUGAUCUCAAAAGUGAUUCUUUUUUUUUUUCUCUUUGUUUGUCAUGAACAAAUUCCUAUACAUUUGAUUUCAUUCCAGAAUUUCUAAAAAAGAUUCUCAUCUUUGUUUUAAUGGAUAGGAAGGAAGAACUUUUUGUUCUGAUGUGUUUGUGAACUCUAUACAAGAUCUUUCACUUUCUAGGACUUGUCUUCUUCGUACUGGUCAUUUGUGUAGUAAAUCAAGUGGAUGCUGUUCAUCUGUUCUGGUGUAUUUUCUCAAAACCUUCCCCCUGGGUCCUCAGAACUCAUUGCUUUGAUGUCAAUUUGCUCAUUUCAGAAGAAUAUAUGCUGCAUUUAUUUUUGGUCUUCCAAAUGCGUUUUUCCAAAAUAUUUUUUGUUUUGUUGUAUAUGAUUUUGUUUGUGUGUGAAGAAACUUUCAUGUUUACAAAGUUUGGCUUAACAUUCCUACAGUUUGAUCAUGGUGUGUAGUUGCAUUCCUUCUCACACCUCAAUACAUUCUGUCUGAAUCAUCACCUUCACCCAUGCCUCAAGUCAUCCAGUUCUUGGUAACUUCUUGAUACCUGAAAUCUCUUGAGAUGAUUGACAACUACAUUAGAGUGUCAGAACAAAAUUCUUAGCUAACCAAAUAUUUGUCUUGUACUUGUUACAAAUCAAACAAAAUGAACUGAAUAAACAGAUUAGGAAAUAGUGAAGUCAGCAAUGUGUUGUUAACAUAUCUUAUUAUUACCAAUUAAAAGAAAAUUAUAAUUUUUGAAAGCCUUUUUGUAUCUGAAAAAUUAUUGAUUGAUUUUUGUUUGUAGAAUUCCAUUGUUAGUUACUGUAAAUUUCUUUUAAAUAGAAAGCUGUAGCCCAAACAGAUUCUAAAUUUGACUCUUUGCUUAUUAUGACAAGAAGCACCUUGUGUUCUUGAUCUGUCAGCAAGACAUUUCCUAGUCAUUAGUGCCGACACCCCUCGCCAUUCUCCUGUCCCACCAUUUCCAUGUCUGCCUUGCCUUAGUAUUUUGGUUGCUAUCUAUAGAGUGGUGUAACGUUACUAUUCAAGUCUAGAUCUUGGAGAGAGGAGAAGCUGAUAAUUCAUGAGCUAAGCAAAGGUGGAUAUUUUCCUUCUUUUUAUUUACAGUUUGAAAAAAAAAGGGGAGGGGGUGAAGAUGACAGUGAUGUGUGAAAGUUUUGUUUCAGCUUUUUUUCAAGCUGACAUUUUCCCUAAUGAACUUGUUGAAGCUGACCUUGAUGUGUGGCCUUGUGGAGUCUAUUUUGUAUCCUUACCUUCAACCUGCAAACUGUAUUCAAUGACAAUUUUAAUGCCUUAAACUAAAUCAAGAGGGGUUGAAUGUAAGAACAAGAAAUGAAUUAGGCCUUGUGUCUUGUGUGCUGUAAAUAGUCCAAAAAAAAUUAUUCAUAUUAUCUGUGUCACAUCAUUGAUAUGUUGCCAAACAGAGAGGCCUAUAAAAUAACAAGAAAUUUGUGAUGUUAACUUUUCAUUGAAUCUUAUGCUUAGAGAGGAAUAGUUGAUCAAAAUGAUGUACAUGUUAGAUUCCUGUUUCAAUUUGUCACCAUUUACAUAAGUAGCCAACUAAGUCAUAACUCAAGAAAGUUGCUUACACAAUUCAAGACACACAUUGUAGUCUAGACAAGUACAGACUUUAGGCUCACACAGCGUUGACAAAAUGAAAAUUCCUGAUCAGAAAUUAAAGUCACUACUUAGUGGAAUUAGACUUUUAAAAGCUAUAGCCCAAGUAUCUAACUUUUUAAUGUAUGACAAAUAGGAAUCUUUGAGCUGUUGCUAUGGUUGUCUUGAUACUUGGAUUGUUGAAUGUUGCAUUUGCCACUGAUGGUUUGACUCUAGCCAUUGACAACCCAUUCCAUUCUUCUCUCAGUAAUUUGCUGCUGCUAGUGUGAUAAAAGAGCUGGUGCCGUAGUUUCUGUUCUUUUUUUUUAUGAUUCCCUUAACAAACUUGACUGUGUUCUGACCUUGUCUUGUAUCUCCUUCACUGACCACUAGUAGUCUAGCCAAAGUACUUAACAUUCUUUUAGAGCUUUGAUUGUUUUUCUUCUCUGGAGAGAGAAAGAUGUAGAGAGAGUUGUAUUACUGUUUUAAUCCAUUCAGUGUGACAUCAGCUACCCCAAGGCUGUGACUGUUGUUUUAGUAGCUGAAGGGUUGAGAAGAUCUGAUGUAGCAAUCAAGUUUGACUUGGAUGUUUCUCUUGAGCAAUAAGUAGCUUGUCCCAUAGGGAGUUGUAGCCUGAGCCUUUGAAGACUAGAUUAUAACUGCUGGUUACUGAAUAGUCAACCUGGAACUGAAUGUCAAUCUGGAGUUCAAUGUCAACCCACUGGGCUAGUCAUUAUUUGAACUAGUCUUUUUUUUUUUUUUUUAAAUUAUGAUUACACUGUUAGCUAGAAGGGAGAGUACCUGUGUUGAUUCAGUUGUUAGUGUUGAAAACAUUUUGUGUGAAUGUUGCAUUGGUGGUUGAAUGUGUGUAUGUCUCACUCCAUCAGGGACUUGAUGUUACACUCAUGUUCAUGUUUUUAAUUGUUUUGUUUUCAUGGAAAAAUAAUUUUGGCAUAAUCUAUUUCUUAAAGCAAACAGACUUGUCCAUUGGUUUCAUUUUUUUUGUUUCAGAUGCAAAAGUUGUCAUGGUUAUCUUUGAGCUGUAAUUCUAAUAUGCAAAUGAACUGUUUUUGUUUAUGUUUUAGGUUGCUCUUGACCAGACUUUGCUUAUGGUAUUUUGAUGAAACUCUUACUCAGCCAUCCCUCUCCAUUUUAGUUUGUUCUGUUAUUCGUAGGUUGUAUUUUAUUUAUUUAUUGAUGCAUCCACAUUUGUUGUGUAAUCCUUCUGUUAUUUUAUUGAGUUUGCUCGUAACAUCUUUAAGCUGCUGAUAUGUUUAUUCUACAAGCUUGGGGUUAAUUGAGGAAUUUUAUUGUGUAAAAAAAUCAUUUUAAUUUUUUUUUUUGGUACUUUUUUUUCUGUUCCUCUUUUUUUAUAAUAAAUAAAUUUCUUCCACUCAAUAACCUAUACAUUUUUUUUUAACUUCUUGCCAAAUUUUUUUUUUCAUCCCAUGCCCUGGUCAAUGCUUUGUGAGAGAACAUUUAGUGAGCAAUUUAGACUAAUUAUUCUGAUUCCAUCCCCAACUUUUGUACAACCAUCACCCCCUCCCUUCCAUUUCUCUAACCAUCAAUCAUGAAGAUGUCCUCAUUGUUCAAUGCAUCUAGUGUGCAAAUACUACAACCAUUGCAAAUGUUCUGUGCCAUGUGAACUUUGGUUUGGGUUGACUUGGCAACGCCUUUUUUUUUUCUUCUCCCUUUAUUUGCUUCAUUUGUUUGUUUUUUUGAGAUUUUAUGUUAAUAUAAUAACUGUAUCAUUAGUAAACAAUACAAUUAUAUAAUGUAUAUAAUAUAUUUUUUUUUCUGCUCUUGUGUCUUGUGGUUGUAUAUAAUUCUAUUAUUUCAAACUGAAAAUGUUUUUGUUCAUUUGUGUGCAGGGGUAGUGGAGAGAGGUGGUGUGUAGCUUUCAUUGGACAUUUCUAGUUGUGUUGAUCUAAUGAUAGAUUGAGUACUCUCAAUCCAAUGUCCCCGACCAUCAGGGUCAAGGUUAAGUCUUACAGAUCUGUGGUGUAUGUGAUUGCCUCUCUCCCACACCCCACCUCCCAUUACUUGCAUACAGUCUGGUGUCAAUAUGCCAAUGAAUUGAUAUUGUCUAUGAUAAUAAUGAUCAUUUUUGUUUGGAUGAUGGAGAAUCUUUAGGAAAGACAAAAUGAAACUGAGAAAUACAAAAAUAAAGUGAUUCUAAACAUUUGA